AUUUAUGGUUUGUUGCAAACUAUCAGACGACACAAACUGUAAACGGAUAAGGCAAAUUAACACUUCGCACAAGGCAACGCCAAUUCCCUUCAUCAACCACAUCGCAUAUAAAUCCCCAUGCAACUAUCCACCCACCACCACCACCACCCACAGCGCAGAUCAACGCAAACUCUGAUCUGAUCGCAUCGCAUACCCCAUUGAGAGAAACAGAAACUCAGUUCAAAUUAGAGAGAGAGAGAGAGAGAGAGAGAGAGAGAGAGAAAGAGGCGUACACAUUGCCAUGGAGGUUGAGACUGCCAACAAAGACGCGGCGCCGGCGAGCCCUCUGGGAAAGAUCGUCCUCGUCGCGUCCAUGGCCGCCGGGGUGCAGUUCGGGUGGGCGCUACAGCUUUCGCUCUUGACCCCCUACGUGCAGCUUCUGGGCAUUCCACACACGUGGGCCCCAUUCAUCUGGCUCUGCGGGCCCAUUUCCGGCUUGUUCGUCCAGCCCAUCGUCGGCUACUACAGCGACCGCAGCACUUCCCGCUUCGGCCGUCGCCGACCCUUUAUCGCCGCCGGGUCAUUCCUCGUUGCCAUCGCUGUAUUCCUCAUCGGCUACGCCGCCGACCUCGGGCGCUUGUUCGGCGACUCCACCGACAAUACGACGAAAACCCGCGCCAUCGCCAUUUUCGUCGUUGGGUUCUGGAUCCUCGACGUCGCCAACAACAUGCUCCAAGGCCCGUGCCGGGCCCUCCUCGCCGACCUCUCCGGCGACGACCAGAAAAUGAUGCGCACCGGCAACGCGCUCUUCUCCUUCUUCAUGGCCGUCGGCAACGUCCUGGGCUACGCCGCCGGGUCCUACACUAACCUCUACAAGCUCUUCCCCUUCACCCUCACCGGAGCUUGCGACGCUUACUGCGCAGACCUCAAGAGCUGCUUCUUCCUCUCCAUUGCCUUGCUCUUAAUCCUAACCACCGUGGCUCUCACCGCAGUGAAGGAACCAGCCUUUUCCUUGGAACCGGAACUGGGAAAUCCCGGUGGCGAGGAAAAGCAGGUGGUGCCGUUUUUCGGGGAAAUAUUUGUUGCCUUAAAGGGCCUACAGAGACCCAUGCGGAUUCUGCUCCUGGUGACGUGUCUCAACUGGAUUGCGUGGUUCCCCUUCCUGCUGUUCGACACUGAUUGGAUGGGGAGGGAGGUUUACGGAGGAACAGCUGGGAAGGGCCCGCAGGGGGAAAUAUACGCUCGCGGUGUACGCGCCGGCGCGUUGGGGCUGAUGAUGAACGCGGUUGUGUUGGGGAUCACGUCCGUCUGUGUGAACCCCCUGGCGCGUGGGCUGGGCGGCGUGAAGCGCUUGUGGGGCAUCGUUAACUUCCUGCUGGCCUUGUGUUUGGGCAUGACCGUGUUGAUCACCAAGCUUGCGGAGUCCGCCCGGCACGGCAAAACCGUACCCUCUUCUCCGCCGACGGGUAUUAAGGCCGGCGCGUUGGCUCUAUUCGCAGUGUUGGGUGUACCCCAAGCGGUGACCUUCAGCAUUCCUUUUGCUUUAGCCUCCAUAUUUUCCAACACUUCUGGUGCAGGCCAAGGACUUUCAUUGGGAGUUUUGAAUCUUGCAGUCGUCUUACCCCAGAUGUUGGUCUCAUUUGCUAGUGGACCUUGGGAUGCCUUAUUUGGAGGUGGAAACUUACCGGCAUUCCUGGUGGGCGCGGUUGCGGCGGCAGCCAGCGGAAUACUGUCACUCACCUUGCUCCCUUCUCCGGCCUCUAACCUCCCUACUUCCUAAAGUGGAAGGUCCGACCAUUGAAUUACUUCGGUUCCUUCCUUUUCUUGUGGAACUGUUGUAAUUAGCAUCCAAAGCCAUUUUAUUUUUAGAAGUACU